CCAAGCAAAAAAUAUUUCUAGAUAUUAUAUAAUGCUAAAUGACGAAUAUAUUCACUACAAACAUUCCAAAAUUCCAAGUGUAAACCGAGGCUAUUCUUGUCUUUUCACAAACACAUAAACGUGACUGACCGUACAUACAUGGAUUCAUUGACUGUUGAAAAUAUCACACGUCAUCUUGUAAAACCCCUUAAGAAGUUCAAAACUACGUCGUUUCGUUUAUAUAAAAAGAGAAGUUGAAAUACUAUAUCAUUUACGUGAUCGUACCUGUUGAAAGUAUCACACGUCUUCUUCUCAAACUGUAUAUAUAACCGUUCAGUCCCACAUCGACACAUCACAACAAAUCACAAAACCCUCUAAUAAAACGCCAUACUAAAACUACGUCGUUUCAUAUCCCAAUACUACUAUGCAGAAGAGUGAGUCAACUUCGUCGUUAGGGCCAGGAGGCCUCGACCUAUCAAAUGCCUUCUUCAGACCAAUCCACAGCGCCGCCCCACCUUCCCCAACCAAACGCCACACCAAGAUCUCCGUCAUCGGCGCCGGUAACGUAGGCAUGGCUAUAGCACAAACUAUCCUCACCCAAGAUCUCGCCGACGAACUAGUCCUCGUCGAUGCAAAACCCGAUAAGUUACGAGGCGAGAUGUUAGAUCUUCAACACGCUGCAGCUUUUCUCCCGAGGACGAAGAUCAUCGCCUCCGUCGAUUACUCCGUCACCGUCGGAUCCGAUCUAUGUAUUGUCACUGCCGGUGCACGCCAGAUCCCCGGUGAAUCGAGGCUGAAUUUGCUUCAGAGGAACGUUGCUCUGUUUCGGCACAUCAUACCUCCGCUGGCGAAAUUCUCGCCGGAAACUAUUCUGUUGAUCGUAUCUAAUCCCGUCGAUGUUUUGACUUAUGUGUCUUGGAAGUUAUCAGGGUUUCCUUCGAAUCGGGUUAUCGGGUCGGGUACGAAUCUGGACUCUUCUCGGUUUCGGUUUCUCAUCGCCGAUCAUCUAGAUGUUAAUGCUCAAGAUGUCCAGGCUUACAUAAUUGGAGAACAUGGGGACAGUUCAGUAGCACUAUGGUCAAGUAUAAGCGUAGGAGGAGUGCCUGUACUUAGUUUCUUAGAAAGGCAGCAAAUUCCAUACGAGAAAGAAACAUUGGAAAACAUUCACAAACAAGUGAUAGGCAGUGCAUACGAAGUCAUAAGCCUCAAGGGCUACACAUCUUGGGCCAUAGGUUACUCUGCAGCCAAUCUUGCUCGAAGCAUACUCAGAGACCAGAGGAAGAUCCACCCGGUCACCGUACUCGCCACUGGCUUCUAUGGCAUUGGUGGUGGCCAAGUGUUCUUGAGCUUGCCUGCCCAGUUGGGAAGAGGUGGUGUUUUGGGUGUCACUAAUGUUCAUCUCUCACAUGAGGAGGAACAAAGGCUUAAUGACUCUGCUAAAGCCAUACUUGAAGUGCAAUCUCAGUUGGGAUUGUGAAGCAAUAAUUAAUAAUCACACACAUGUCAAUUCAAUAUAUAUAUAUAUAUAUAUAUCUAAUGUUCUAUAUGUAUACAUAUAUGUUUUUGGUUUUGUUUGUAUUACUAGAGUUUAUCCCCACUUCGACAU